CUUUUCAGUGGGGCCUGGUGUUUGGGGCAAAAUAAAUCAGUACCUGCAGGGUAAGAUUUUUAAUGGAUAUUUUACAUUUCUACUUUGCGAGGGACGUAUUUUGACGGUUAGCACUUUAAGACCCAACUCUUGUAGAGGUUGGUUGCAUGUUACUGGUUUACAAAGAUUGUUGCAUCUUGGUUUCUCAUCUGUAGCAGUUCCACUUACUUGUCACACUAGGCCAGUCUGUGGUUGUGCCUGAACAGCAGGUGGUCAGCGGGCCAGCUAUUUGAAAAGGCUAGGUCUAAAUCUGUAGCAUAAAAACAUACCUCUCAAGUAGCUGAAAAAUACUGUUAAGUUAAGUUGACCAUUGCCCUGCGUGAACAGCUGUGGUGUCAACCCAUUUUCUACUGCUAAAACACAGCCCUUUAUGGAUGCUCCUGUUUACCUGGUGUUGACACACCUGCUAAAGGAGGAACCCGUAUUUCAUAUGAAGAACCAGUUUCAUUUCUGUGGAACCAGCUUGUCAAAGUGAGGUUUGUAUGUUAGGACUGUAAAACUUUGUCUUCCAGAAACACAAUAUUUUCCUUAGCCAUACAGUAUACCUGCUGUACUGGCGAGCUGAGUACCUUGUUAAUGUGAGAAAGAAAGAGAAAAGGGAUAAUUAUUUUUAAGUUAAUGAGGUGUGUGAGCCACGGUUGAUUUGUACUUUUAUAUGGAAAUACACUCUGUCUUUGUUGUGUUAAUGCCCUUUGAAACGAACAGGCAAACACACACUGAGAAGGCAAUCCUAUUAGAGCCGAUAGUAUUUAAAGCACAUCGGCUACAUUAUCGCUUCAUUACAUCGGGGACAAACUGCACAGACAGGUAGUGGUGCACAAACACACAGUGACUCACGGGCUUUUGUUCGCCUUUCUGGGUUAAUUAAAAAAGCUGAAUUUCUCAGCACUUAAGAGCUGGAGUGAGUAUAGUCGGAGUGAGCUGCUUUUGCUGCUAAGUUUUAUGUAGAAGUCGAGACUGUUUAACUAAUUAAUGGCAUGACCUAUUUUCUCUCUGCAAACAGAAACACAAACCACUGAAAGUUAUUUAUACAAACUGAUGUUCUCCUUCUGUUUCGUUUCAUGCUUCGCCCCGCCCCCUGUUAGAUUUGUUUUAUCCUUCACUUGCUGUAAUCGCUGCAUUCAAGUUGUACAUGAUUGGCGGAAUUUCCACGGUCAAACUUAAGCGCGGACUUAUACAGUAAAUUAUUAAUAAUAAUAAAAACAUUAUAAUAUCGAAGCCUGUUUGGCUAAACAGAAAUAUAACAAUAAUAUUAUUAUAUAGUAUUUUGAUAUGGAUCAACUACAACCAGUUCAAUAAGUUUUAAGUCUCUUACUUCUUUUUUUUUAUCAGAUGAAUUACAUGUAUGUGUUAAAUAUGCAGACUGAAGAAGGGAAAUUUGGUGAGUUAUUAAGUGAGAGCUGAAAUAAUAAUCAUUUGAAGUAAACCGUCGGAGAGUGGAGAUCUUAUAAAUCAUAGAGUACGAGCAAACUUGAAAGGAUCUUUUAAUGUUUGAAUCAAUCAAAGAUUUCUUUGAGGUUUCGUUUGUGUUAUUUUGAUUAAAUUAAAUUAGCGUCUGAAUCCGCCUCUUCUCGGUUGCCUUUGGUCUGCGUCUUCAGCUUGUUUUCAGUUUUUCGCAUAAAUUCCACACAACUAACUCUACAUUCUGUCCACUAGAUGUCCUCAGUCCACUGGCCCAUGCUUCUUUGUUUUUCCCCCCUCCUAACUCGAGAAUAUACUGUAUUUUCUCCCCUUACAUUUUUCAGACUCAUUCUCCAUGUCUGUUCCUUUUCAGAUUCAGGUAUUGUACUGGAACAAAUGAACAAAGGAAUGUUUAAAUCAAACCAAGUUGAAGUACUGUAUUUGUUUUGUGUGAAUAGGUGCUGCCCUAAGCAAAUAACAGAGAAAGGAAACGUCAAACAUAGUUAAAUUAAAUUAAAUUAAUACAUAUAAAUACUGUGUAAACUUUUUCAAAUCCUAUUCAGGAGUAGUCCAUUUAUGUAAGUUGCUAAAUACUUUAGUUUAAAGUUUAAAUUGUCUAUCCAAAAGCAUACACUGGCCAGAUCAUAAGAUAUAUUUACUACUGAAUAAGUGAAUAGUAAAAAAUAAUGUUACAACUAAAAGUUAGUCCAAUAAUUGCUGAAAAUGUAGAAGUUAGGAAAAAUGCAAAUGAAUUUUUACAACUGCAAAAAAUUAGCACAUGAUCACAGAAAAUACCCAAAACAUAUUCAAAGGUCAGCCAGACAGUAACUUGAUGAUCAGAAAAAAAGCCUUAAGUUAUUAACUCUAGUUUGUAACUCACAAUAUAAUAAUAAUAAAAAUAAUAAUAACUAUAUAUAUAUAUAUAUAUAUAAAUGAUAAUAACAGUUAUAAUAUUCGCCAAUAGAGAGCUGGAAAAGUACAAAAAAAUGUAUUGAAUGUAUUCUUGGUAGGUCACAUGACAUGUGUAUAAACCUAUUGGUCCUGGAAAACUGGUAAACUCAAAAUAAAUGCAUGUGCAAGAGUCCUAAGGGUUAAACCUGUAUCUAAGUGGGACAUUAGAAGGGAGGAGUGGAUGUUGUGACUCAACAUAAAUACUUACUGGGAAACGAAAACUAUGAUGAUCACAGUUCCCUUGGUGUCAUAAACAAUAGCAAAUCCCGGUCUCUACCAGCAAGAAGAUAUGGCCUUAUCCAAAGUUUUCCUGUCUGAAGAUCAGUUCACUUGCUCCAUUUGUCUGGACAUCUUCAUCGUGCCUGUGUCCCUUCCCUGUGGACACAAUUUCUGCAAAGCCUGUAUCUCCAAGCACUGGGAGGGCAAAGCCAUACGUCAGUGUCCACUGUGCAAGGACACGUUCACCAGAAAUUUCAAACUUUGCGUCAAUACUGGAUUCAAGGAGGUUGUGGAGAACUUCAAAAGUUUUCAAGAUACGACCAAAAAAGGUGCCUGUGCCAAACCAGGAGAAGUUUCAUGUGACGUUUGCCUUGGCAGCAAAGUCAAAGCUGCUAAGACCUGUUUAGUGUGUGUGGCUUCCUACUGUGAAGAUCACCUCGCGCCGCAUCUUCAGGAUGCUGAUCUGAAGACACACAUACUGAGCGGUCCUGUGCUCAACGUAGGUGACAAAAUAUGCAGGAAGCACAACAGGAUGUUGGAGCUUUUCUGCAGGAAGGAUAUGUGUCGUGUUUGUGCUCUUUGCACAGACCAUGUUGGUCACCACAGGGUUCCUCUAGAGGAGGAGUUUGAAGAGAAGUACAGUCAGCUGGAGCAGCAGAAGGCAGAGGUACAGGAGAUGAUACAGGAGCGACAGCUGAAGGCUCAGGAGAUAUCAGGUGUACUAGACAAGAAGAGACAAGAAAAUGGAAAGUUAAAGGCAAAUAGUGUUCAGGUCUUGACUCCCCUCAUGGUCUCGUUGCAAAGAAACCUGUCUGCGGUUGUGAGCGUGAUUGACAAGAAGCAGAAGAUGGAAGAGAUCCAGGCCCAGGUCCUGAUCAAGGAGCUAAAUAAAGAAGUCACAGAGCUCCAGAGGAAAUUCAGGAAACUGGAGAGCAUCUCCAGUGAUAAAGACCACCUCCAGCUAAUCAAACGUUUUCACUUCAUCUCCUCCCACUUGCCACAGACCAAGAACUGGUCUGAUGUCACUCUCAGUGAACAGCCCUGUGUGGAGGAUGCAAAGAAAGUCUUGGUGCAGAUGGAGGAGAAUAUCACUAAAGACAUUCAGCAAACUAUUCAAGAUUUCAAGGAGUGCUUUGGUCAGUUAAUCGCUGAAGAAACUCCUGUAGAGAAGAGGAUGGUAUAUUUAGAUCUGGACAGCCUGCCAGAUGGCACCAAGUUGGACAUAAUCCGACAGCAUUAUGCAGUGGACGUUAAGUUGGACCCCAACACUGCAAACGAUCUCCUUGUAUUUUCAAAAGACUUGAAAGAAGUGCAGGCAUCUCACAUAUGGUGGUUUGGAAACACAGAGCCUCACAAAUUCAAUAGGUACGCCUACGUCCUGGGAAAAAAUGCCUUUAGUGUAGGUAGAUUCUACUACGAGGUUCAGGUCACGAUGAAGAAUGGCUGGGACCUAGGAGUAGUCAGAGAGUCUUUGCGUGGGUUGAAGACAAUCACACCAAAGCCCAAGAAUGGAGUUUGGAUCAUUCGGUUAAGGAGCAACACUAAAUUCACAGCUCUGAAUAAUGUCUCUGUCCACCUGUCCCUGAAGAAGAAACCAGAGAGGGUGGGGGUGUUUGUGGACUGUGAGCAGAGACAGGUGUCCUUCUACAAUGUGGACACUUCAACUCUGAUCUACACCUUCACCGACUGUGUCUUCGGGGGUAAAAUCUUCCCAUUUUUCAGUCCUGGCUUUCCUGAAGAGGGUGUGAAUGGUGCACCGCUGGUUAUCUCAGCAGUCAAAAAGUCAGAACAGACUUUAGACACAAACCAGUUGAUGAAACUGAUCCUCAUGGUGGCUGCUCUGUUUUUUUUUUUGUGGUUCUAAUGACCACUAACCAUGAAGUUUGAUGAUUUAAGUUUUUGUAAAAUUUGGUCUGUGGCCCAGUCUUAAUCUGCUGCCUGUGUAUCACUCCCAUCCCCGUGGUCUCGACAGCCUACUUCCUACGGCCCAGCUACCUCCCCUCCCCUUGACCUUUGUACAUUUUAAAAAUAAUUAUACUCACUUUAUCCUGCUUUCUCCUGCUCUAGGGUUCUCUGUUGUGUUCUUGUUAAGGGCAAAUGUAACAAAAAUAUUUUUAUUGUGUGCUAAUGUGCUUAAACUAUCAUAUAAAAAAUGCCCCAAAAUGUCCACCGGGUGGAUAUAUUUUUGCUGAAAAUGCUGGAGCUACAAUUGAAUUAGAGAAGGCAGGUGAACCAGCUACAUUAUUUGUUGAGAAAUGAAACUUAAUUUUACACUUCAUCCGAAGCCCAAUUAUAAACCACAGCCUGACUGACUAGUUUUGUUUUUACAUGAACAUGUAUUGUACAGGCUCUGGAUGUCGCUAAACUGGGAUUUGUAGUUCAGCUUUAUUUGUUUUUCCAAGUAAAAGACAUUUUUCAUUUCUGAAAUUAAACCCAUAUUCUA